AUGUCCUCAGAUACUAUGUUCUUUAACAGUUCUCGACUUAUACAGUCGUCAAGUAAGAAUUCGACGAGUAAUCUAUCUAAAUUAAAUAAGAAACAAAUGAAACUAGACAAGAAAUCCAAAGCCAAAGCCGAACAAGAGUAUACCACUGAGUCUCCUAUAAAACAAACCCAGUCUAACGAUACUCAACAAAUCGAAAAAGAUAAACAAAAACAAAAGAAAAAAUUUGCAAGUAAGAACAAGAAAGAAACUAAAAAAGAGAAAAAACCGAAUAAGCAAUUAAAUCCAAAUUUUCUUUUAACAAAUGAACAAACUUUACCGAAUGGUGAAAAGCCAAAUUUUGGUCAUUCUUCAACAAAUACAUCGCCAACCACUAUGAGACAUAAUAAUAGAAGCAAUUGUGGUAAUACCAAUGAUAAAUAUUCUUCUAAAAGAGAGAAUUCUAACUCUAAAUCUUCUAAAACUAAACAUAAAUCAAAACAUAACACUGCCAAUAAUGGUAAACAUUCAAAAAAAUUAAUGGCAAAAGAACAAAUUGCUAGUCUUGAUACGUCAAUAAUGACUGAAGAUUUGAAAAAUCUUUUAUUGACACCAACAACGAGUAACACAACAACUGCUCAACUUUCUAAAGUGAUUACUCCCAGGAGAAAUGAACCUUCGGGCAUAUCAGCUAUUACUCCACCUCCUCUACAACCAAUUAAUUUGCAUCAAAAUCAUAAUCAAAACCAACAAAACCAAGCUCAAGCUCAAAUUCCAAUGCAAAUUCCAAUGCAAAUGCAUUUACCUGUCACUCAACCAGGUAUUUAUCCUAUAGGACUAUCUCCAUCCCCUAUAGCUAAGAACUGCAACAUUAACAAUUCAAAUGUAUCUCCAGGCAAUUUGAAUUUGAAUUCAAACGUGAUUCCACCUCUUUAUCAGCAACCUAAUGCUGCUGCUCCAUUGAACGGAAUAUUACCAAGUGCUCCAAUGAGUUUAAGCAGUUCAGGAAUGAGUGUCAAUAUGAAUAUGGGUAUGAAUAUGAGUAUGAACGGAAUACCUAUGAACGGUAUGGUUCCUAAUUAUGUUGGGUUGCCAAGCAUUCCAGGUAUGCCUCCCGGUGCAACUACACCAAUUAUGAACACAAGCCCUUUGACCAAUUUAAAUAGCUUGAACAGUUUGAACAACUUUAACUUCAAUAUGCUAACCCCAACUAACUCCAACACUACCAAUAGUAAUUCUAUUUCUAACCCUCAUUCUACUGUGCCAUCCUCAAGUAGUAGAAGCUCAAGCACUGGUAGUGACACUUUUGUCAAGCCACACCAACAAGCAGAAAAUUACAAGAUUUCCUCUCAUAGUAGUAGUAACUGUAAUAUUCUAAGUUCCACUAGUAAGAAAUCAUCAAAACCAAGAAACAAGAACUUCGCAGGUGCAUCGUUCGCAACAGAUUUGCCAGAAGUCCAAUCCCUACCUAAGCCAAGUUUUACAUAA